UAUCUAACCAGACAUAAUGGUGGGCACAUCUCCCAACCUUCAAGCAAACUUAAGCCAAGUUUUCAUAGUGGAAAGCUCAUAAAAUCUAAGACAAGCUCAAGGCCAAACACGCAGAGAGAGAAACACAAACUGAUCAUCCAAGAAUGGGAAAGUCCCGGAAUUGGUUUGGGAUUGUUCGGAAAAAGCUUUUUGGAUCGUUGUCUCCUCAAGAAACCAUCAUUGUCUUCCACACAAACAACACCAGCACAAGCUUAUUCACUGAAGAAACUAGAACUCCUAGAGCAGUAGCAGAUAACAAUGAAGACACCAAAUCAGAAGUUGGCAAUGAUGUGGCCUUGUCUAAAGAGGACAUUGCAGCCACCAAGAUCCAAGCAUUUUUCAGGGGUCAUCUUGCAAGAAGGGCAUUUCGGGGAUUGAAGAGCCUGGUGAAGCUACAAGCAGUGGUACGAGGGGUGUGCGUGAGAAGACAGGCUCGUAUAGCCUUACAUUGCAUGCAUGCACUUGCUCGCUUGCAGAUCACAGUCCGAGCACGCCAACUCCUCACUGGAUCAAACUCAUAAUUCUUGGUUCAUAAUUUCAAAAACAACUUUCUAUUUUGUAAAUCAUUUUUUUCUUGGGAAAACCCACAAUGUGCUUCCUAAUUCCUCAUUAUGUAUAUGCUUCUAUUGCUAUUGAUACUCCUAUUGAAGUAAAUGAAGUUUUGUUUGAUCGAAUUUGGUCCUUUCUUCAUCGUUUGAUCUUCUAUUUAUAAGUAAGCUUUUCAACUUUCAAAAUAACAAUCCCCGUCUCC